GCUACCGCGUUCUCAAACGAAUUCCUCUUUAGAGGUCUCAGCAAGAAACCUUCUGCUUUCAUCAUGGGGAAUACGAAAAGAGUUACCUUUGCAGAUUUUUUGGGUUUAUCCUUAGUUUCUGUAAUAGAAAUAGCUCCAAGGAUAAAACACACUAAACAAGUAUCUGUGUACCAGCAGCCAAGGUAUCCAAAAAGGUGGAACAAUCAACGAUAUUUUCGAACAUGUUUGUUCGAACAGCCAGUGAAUAGGCAAGAUUUUCUCGACAGAAUAAAAAGACAAUUUGUUUGCCUCGAAAGCGUGGUCUGCGAUAAAACUAUCAUUCGCGGGUUUGUUCGAGUAUUAAACGUGGCAUACAGAAAGGAGGUCACGAUACGUUACUCCACAGAUGAAUGGAAAACGAUGAGAAAUGAAAGGGCUGACUAUCUUUCGACUUCAAGCAAUGGAUCAACUGACACUUUCUUCUUUCGAAUAAUUCUACCCGCAAUUUGGCUAGAAAAGGUUACAGUUGAAUUUGCCAUUUGCUACAGCGUUGAAGGAAACAUUUAUUGGGAUAACAACAAUUUUAAAAAUUAUUCAAUUUAUUGCGCUAAGGAAGAGACAUGA